CAACCAACAUUUGCUACCACAAUUCCUGAGCAAAAGCUAGCCACAUUUCAGCACUGCAGGACCAGCCGCCACCUACCACCGAAAUGUCCGUCAACCGCACGUGCGACCACGAUGCCCUACCCGACCUCCAGGGCAUCCCCGGUCUACCCAUGGACCGCAGCGUUUUUGUUAUUCCCAACUGGAACGAAUCGUUUGUGGGUAUGACCAAGUGCUGCGCCCCCAACGAGGUGCACAUUAGUGGCGAUUACGGGUUCGAAGGAUGCGUCUUGUGGUGCUUGAUUCCAGACUCCUUUCUUAAAGCACGAGAUGGGCAGAAGCUCGAGGAGGGUGCGGUUCUUGACGAAAUGAGCUACUGUAUAAGGGCUAAGACUGGCAUUUCGAGGUAUAUUAGUGGCGGCCAAGUGAAGAACAAUUCGGCGAGUUCGAGGACGACAUUACUCGGGGUGGGAGUUUGGGCCCUGUUGGCUGUUGGAUUGCUGGUGUGAAGUUAGAUAUUUGGUGUGUAGUCGAGCGCUGGUCAUGACGAAUGGAAUAAAGUCAACAUUA